AUGGAGAGCAAAAUGCUUAGGUCAGCUGUGGUCGUUUGUUUCUUGUUGGGGCUGCUCAUAGGCCAGUCCCAAGCAACUUUCCAAGAAUGUUAUGCUGGUUGCAUGCUUAUAUGUUUUAUCAAACAACACAAGAUUGGUUGCUUUGCAAAAUGUCUGAAAUCCUGCUUCGUAAUUCCUACGGACAUCCAAGCAAAACCCGAACACUACUGCAAGCUUGGUUGUGCCACAUCUUUGUGUUCCAAUAUUAGCACAAAAGAUAACAUUAAUGAAGACAAAGUAAACGCUUGCGUGGAUUCUUGCUCCGGGCCUUGCUCCAAGUCUUACGUGUCAGCAAAGAACUAA